AUGUCAACAAUUGGCAAGAUCGAGCAAACAUGGGCCUCGAUUUGCGCCCACUACAAGCCGGGCCAUAUUGAGAUCAUCGGUACCAUUGUUACUCAACUCAUCGGUUUCAUUUUCCCAGCAACUAUAUACCUUCUCAUCGACAGUCUAUGUCCUCACUUUUCGCGCAAACACAAGCUCCAAGGAGCCCAGCGCCAGCCAACGAAGACUCAAAUCCGGCACUGCAUCAAGAUAUCCCUACUCAACCAGCUCAUGAGCGUCGUCAUCCACGCAACAACCGUGCAGUUCCUGAUCGGACCCGAGCACAGCCUCCUAGACAUGAGCCCUACCCUUCCGUCCGUAUCGACGCUCAUCAGCGACUUCAUCUUCGGUUUGAUCGCUCGUGAAAUCUCCUUCUACUACGUGCACCGCACCCUGCAUCACCCCAGCAUCUACGCCCACAUCCACAAACUGCACCACCGGUACACGGCGCCAAUCAGCUUUGCGGCGCAGUAUGCCCAUCCGGUGGAGCACAUUCUAGCAAAUGUGCUCCCCGUCACCCUGCCGCUGACGCUGAAGGGGACACAUUUUUUGUCAUUGGCGGGCUUUACGCUUUUCGAACUCUGGCAGGCGGCUGCUGAUCAUAGCGGGUAUGAUUUUCUCAAGCUGCCUCCGGCUUCGAUCCAUGAUCUGCAUCAUGAGAAAUUUAGGGUUAAUUAUAGUCCGCUGGGUAUCAUGGACUGGAUUCAUGGGACGGAUGUGGUGGGGUGGGAUCGACCGCCUGUGAAGCGUGAUGAUAAGGGUGCAAUGAAGGGAGAAUAA